UGUAUUCCUACUGACAAACUGAACUUGACACGUUCGCCAUGCUCGUCAGAAACGCUGCACACAACCUGAGUACCCCAUUACGGGGCAUUUUCCGCACCGCUGUCACCGCCAGUCGGAGCCACGCAGCCCUUGCCCAUGCCAGGUCGGUGCUGGAGAACGAACUGGACACGAUCCGAGCUGGCGGAACGUGGAAAGGAGAGCGAAUUAUCAUCUCCAAACAGGGACCGCAUAUCAACGUGGACGGCACUCGGGGCGACAUUCUGAACUUCUGUGCCAAUAACUACCUGGGUCUGUCCAGCCACCCCGCUGUGAUUGAGGCUGGAGUUCAGGCAUUGCAGGAGUAUGGGGCGGGGCUUAGCUCUGUGCGGUUCAUUUGCGGGACACAGGACCUUCACAAGAACCUGGAGCGAAAGCUGGCUGAGUUCCACGAGCGGGAGGAUGCCAUUCUCUACGCCAGCUGUUUCGACGCCAAUGCUGGGCUCUUCGAGGUCCUGCUCGGUCCAGAUGACGCGGUUCUGUCGGACGAGCUGAACCACGCCUCCAUCAUCGAUGGGAUCCGUCUCUGUCGGGCUAAGCGAUUCCGGUACCGCCACAUGGACCUCGACGACCUGGAGAGCAAGCUGAAAGAGGCCCAGUCGUCGCGUCUGCGCCUCAUUGUCACAGACGGCGUCUUCUCCAUGGAUGGAGAUGUGGCGCCCCUCAGAGAGAUCUGCGACCUGUCCGAUCGGUACGGGGCCAUGGUCUUCAUCGACGAGUGCCACGCCACCGGCUUCCUGGGCCCCCGCGGCAGAGGCACAGAUGAGCUACUGGGGGUGAUGGACAGGGUUCACAUUGUCAACUCCACUCUGGGAAAAGCGCUAGGCGGAGCAGCGGGUGGUUACACAGUGGGUCCAAAACCUUUAAUUGACCUGCUGAGGCAGCGUUCCCGUCCAUACCUCUUCUCCAACUCCCUCCCCCCUCCUGUAGUGGGCUGCUCCACCCGGGCUGUGGAACUCCUCCUGGCAUCCAAUGAGAUUGCUCAGUCUAUGACGGCCAAAACCAUGAGGUUCCGGAACUCCAUGACUCAGGCUGGAUUCACCAUCUCUGGCAAGGGCCAUCCCAUCUGUCCGGUCAUGCUGGGGGACGCACGGCUGGCCUCGCUCAUGGCCGACGACAUGCUGAAGCUGGGAGUGUAUGUGAUUGGGUUCUCCUACCCCGUGGUUCCCAAGGGGAAGGCCCGGAUCCGGGUCCAGAUCUCAGCCGCCCACUCCGACGAGGACAUUGACCGCUGCGUUGACGCGUUCAUCCAGACGGGCCGGAAACAUGGCGUUGUGUCAUAGAGAGAGAAAGAGAAAGAGAGAGAGAGAAAAAACUGAAGGGCUUCACCGACAACAAGAAAGUUACAGACAAACAGAAUCACUGACAGAUGAGAGCACAGACUGUUACAGACUGACUGUCCAAGACCAUGUGACUGUUGGGUGAACAAUAUAGGUCAAAGGUUGUGUGUGCUGUUCUCUAUAC